UCAACCGACCAUCAACAGCAGCAGCAUCACAACACCAUGACGGCAAGUGGGAAUUUUAAAAUUCUGUACGGACUCCUGGUUCACCUUUAGCGACGAGCGGAUGUCUGGACACCUGCUCGGCCUGGGGAGCCGCUGGAUCACGUUCAGUUUCGCGAUUUUAUAUGUAGAUUUUUUAUAUUGCCGUUUGACAUUCCUAUUCAGCGGUCCGGAUUGUACACCUGCCUUUAGUUAAUAGUUUUCGAACGUUUUAUGGCUGGGUCUUCGGGUGGGGAGACGGUGUCCAGCGCCGGCUUGGUCGAGAGGUGUCGGGAGUAGGCGGAUCUUGGUGGACUCCCGGUGUGUCUUCAGGUGGUGGGCGGCUUCUGCUCUGCCGGGGAUCGCUGUAUCCCCAACACUCUCCCUUACCCAGGUUAGGAAGCAGAACUGAAGUCAUGACUUUUUAUAUAAAACCUCCAGAAGGAAAUAUCUCACUUUCUAAACUACGCCAAGAUGCAGAAACCCGACUUCUCUUUCUCUUGCAAAUUCAUCAACGCUGGGGAGAUACUGAUCAAAUGCGCAGCAUCACCCUUGAUCAUCCAUAUAUUCGAUCCAAUUCAGAGUGUUUGAUUGAGGGUUCACGUAAGGAUCGCAUAUCACAUUUUCUACUGAGGUUGGCAUCUCUGGGAAGUGAACAGUUUCAAGGAUUUUUAAUUGCAGCAGAAACACAAUUAUUUGAACACAGGCUGGAAUGUGGGGAUGAACGAGGAAUAAUGCAUUCCUUAUCAGAGCUGAGAAGGCAUAUAAGUUUUGCUCUGAAGAACAUGACUUUGACAUCUUCUCAUAAAACAUUCAUGCUUCAAGUGCAAAAAGUAACUAAAGAAAUGUUGUUGACAGGCAUGGUGAAGUGUUCUGCAGAACAAACCUGUGAUCAUUCUAUUCAAGUGCCGUGGACCUUGGUGGAAUCUUUAGUAAAGGAACGUUACGUAGUGGUGAAUGGAGGUCAAGCGAAGAUACGUUGUCAGAUUUUAUUACAGUUAUUAUGUUCUGUAUUUAAAAGUACCCUAGACUUUGGUAUUAAACAACUAUCACUGUGUGGAGCUAACGAUAUAGUUGUUGAAGAUCACAGAAUGAAUCAAGUAAAGAAGAGCCUUAGAAGAUUGUUCAGAAAACAUCAAGGUAGUGGUUGCACGGUGUUAUCUUCAAGCAGCCUCCGUCAUACUGAUAUAGAAAACCAAGUCCCUUAUUUUCCAUUAUGUAUGCAAGAACUCCACAAAAUUCUUUCUAGCACUGGUCGUCUUCGUCAUCAUGCUAGGAUACGUUAUACACUGUUCCUCAAAGAUAUUGGAUUGCCUGUAAUGGAAAAUAUAGCAUUUUGGGAAGAUUUUUAUUGCAAGCCGAAGUUGGGCCAUGGUGGAGGCUGUUGCCACUCUUGGGAAGGAAGUGAUAAGAGGCGCUACACUUAUGGUAUCAGGCAUCUGUAUGGGAUAGAAGGCAGCAGAAGAAAUUAUACUUCCCAUUCCUGUACCGCUCUUCAAACACUUCAGCCUCAGCCAUUGGAAGUUGGUGGUUGUCCCUUUACCAGCUAUAGUGAAGAUGAGCUGUCUGAUUUAUUUAACCCUCUUCUAGAAAACCACCUGGAGAUGCAGGAAGCUAUAACAAAAGAAGUCAAAGCAGGGAGACCGAGUGCAGCUUGCAAAAUUUUAUUAGCACUAACAAUAUUUCUACGCAGUGAAGACAGUAGAAGGAGCAAUAAAAAGGAGAAGCUUCUUCAUGCAUUUGAUAAAGGAAAUAUUCAAGAUUUGGAGGAAGUCAAGUCCAAGCUACAGUGUACAGCCAAUUUAACAGAUAGUGCAGUUGUUGGCCUAAAACAUAGUGAAAUCAUUCAUAAUAUAGAACAUCCCAGCAAAAGCUAUACUGAUAAAGAAAAGAGAACUGAUUUACAGCUUAAAAUCCCCCACUGUAAGAGCCAGCAUUUUAAACAUUUAUCUUCAGCCACAAAAUGUACUCAAGUAAAUGAGUUGACAUAUAUUGAAAAUCAUAACUUGCAAAAUUUUCAUACUAGUUGUAAUGGUAUGAGAAAUCAAUUCCAUGAAUGUUUGUGUGAUAUAGAAGAUAUAAAUGAGGUAUUACCAAAGUGCAAUUUUUCACGGCCUUCACAUUAUUAUUUAAAAGCAAAGUAUGAAAGUAUACUCUAAAGUCUUUAUUCAAACUUUUAAUGUUUUCUUACUUUUGAGAGGAUUAAAUAUUCAAAUUUGUACAAUACUGGUGAUGACAUGAUUGAAUAAUGAGCUCGAAAGGCUUAUUGUUUGAAGACAAAUGUUUUUACAUUUGUCUGACAAAUGUUUUUACAACCUUUUCAGGUUAUGGAUGGUUUUCUGUGGGGAGCCCUGUCAUCUCCCUGAAGCUCUCCUUCCGAUCAAGGACCAUACCAUUUGAGUGUCAUCAGUCGCCGAGUUCUA